AUGGCAGCCAGUAGGGCAGCGCAGAAGCGGUUGACUCGCGAGUACAAGACCAUCUCCGAGAACCCUCCUCCGUAUAUCGAAGCCCACCCUUCCGAGUCCAAUAUCCUUGAGUGGCACUACAUCAUCACCGGUCCCGAAAACACACCAUACCAUGGCGGCCAGUACUGGGGCACCCUUGUUUUCCCUCCAAACUACCCUUUCGCUCCUCCAGCCAUCCGAAUGCACACUCCAUCUGGCCGCUUCCAACCCUCCACAAGAUUAUGUCUCUCGAUCUCUGACUUCCACCCAAAAUCUUUCAACCCCGCCUGGGAGGUCUCCACCAUUCUGAUCGGCCUUCUUUCUUUCAUGACGAGUGAGGAGAUGACGACAGGUUCCGUGUCGAGCACCGAGGCCGAGCGGAAAAUGCUGGCAGGGCGGACGAAGUGGUGGAACUCUACCGGCGGUGGUUCCCACGCAAAAUCCAACACACAAAAAGGCAAUAUUAAGGCCGGUGACGGCGGCGCCAAGUUCCGUGCCGAGUGGCCCGAGGUUGACAAGGCCAACUGGGAGUGGAUGAAAGAGAACAAGGUCGACAUUGCGACAGGGAACAGGGUUGGCACUGCAGCAGGGGCUUCAUGCGGUCCCCAGCUCGGCAUCGGUGCCGGCAGUGGUCACCAAGCCCAGGCCGUUGUUGAUGCCGUUGUGCAGCAGCGGGAUGCCGGUCGAGGCUGGCUCAACCAGAACAAGCUGCUUGUCGCUGGUGGUCUCGUCUUCUUCUAUGUACUGCUGGCCAGAGUGCUUGGCAACAGCGACAGCUGA